GAGAUCUUCUCCUUUUUUUUCAUCCCCUUUUCUCGAGCUGGGCGCGCCGCUUGGAUCUGUUGAGUCCAUUUUGCACUCGUCAAAUGAGCACAGCGUGCACAUGCUGUUCUUGUGCGAUUUUCUCCCUUUUCUCUUUACCGUUUCUCCCUUUUUUUCUUUUCUCCCUUCUCUGCUCUCUGGCUUUCUCUCUGCUUGCGCCUCUCUGCAAACGCACCGAACAGCAUCUUGCCAGGUUUUUCUUGAGUCUCGGGAGCCGGCCUUCUUUUCUCCAGCAGCGACGAGGAAGGAGAGCUGCUGCUAGAGAACUGCGGACCGCACUCACAUUCGACUUUCUCCGCUUUUCCCUGCUCGCCGCACCCCUCCUCGUCUCCUCUUCUGCCUUCUUUCCUUCCUUGGCUCCCAGAAGACCGAGGGGAGAAGCAGGCGCCCGUGGGCUGCGCGCGGAGAUGCCCCAGACGCAUGAACCUUUUCCUUUUCUUUUUGCGAUUCCGCGCGAUUCCGCGCUCCUCGGUCCUGCCCUCUCAGUCUCUUCUUCUCAAGACCGCGAAACGCGUGCACUCUCCGCUCUUCCUUGUAUAUCUCUUGCUUCUCUCCGCUGUUCCUGCGGCCGUGACUCGUGAAUUGUGUGAGUUCGAAGUGUUGGAAAAACCUUUCCGACUUUUUCGCAGAAUCCUCUCUCUCGCCAGUUUCUCGAUCCUCCCCCUCUGCGCCUCGUCCUCAGCUUCGCUUCUCUCCGCGUUCGCCUGCCGUUUUUUUCGGUUUUCUUCUUCCAUCGUCUCUCCUCGAUUCGCUCGUAGCUCUCUCUCUCUCUUUCUCUGGCUCCACCUCUGCGGCUUCCUCUUCUUUCUUCUUUUCGUCUGCGGAGACGCCGUCUGUCCAAAUUCCUUCUCCACUAUGGCGAACAGCGGCAUCAACUGGCCCGGCCUCUAUCGAUGGUCCAUGGAGUACCACGACGGAACGCUGCCGCGCAGCCUGUCCAAAGAGGACUCGGACUUCCUGCAGAAUGCAAUUCGCGAGGCGAUGCGCCACCAAGAAGAUCCUGCGAAAGUCCUCGCCGAGCAGUUGGCCGUGAUCGACGGCUUCAACCAAGGAAAUUCAAGCAUUCGGCCUCGCGACCUCCUGGCGGCUCUCGCGGUCAUGGAACGCCUCAUCGACGACUACUCAGAACUCGCUCGAGACUUUGAAAAACUAGGCGCCCUGCAGCCAUGCUUGCGGCUGCUCACCACCUGCUCCGCCGUGCAUGCGCCGGAAGAGUCUCGCGACCGCCAUUCGACGGACGAAGACGACGCGGCCCUCGCCGUCAAAGUAGUCAAGACUGCACUCACCAUUCUCUCCCUCAUCGUCGCCAACAAUCCCGACGUCCAAGAGGCUGUCUAUAAACAGCAUGGAUUGGCGCUGUUGAUGAAUUUGCUGAAGGAAGCGCCUGUGAAUUCUUCUCUUCGCGUCAAGGCUCUCACAGCGCUGGCAUGUCAGAUGCGACACCAUCGCCCCUCCGAGCUGGCCUUCGUCACUGCGGGUGGCUUGGCGCUCCUCGUGCAUGCAAUGCUUUCUCGAGACGAGAAGUAUCAAGAAAAAGCAGCUUCGCUCACUCGACAUCUGCUUCAGGAAGGACUUCUGGCCUUCUCGCAAGUCGAGAAAUACGACCUCCCUGGAGCCGUCGCCGGCUUGCUCGAACGCACCCCCUUCACCAAUAUCCAGUUCGGCGAAACCGUCGUUCAGCUGGCGAUUGCCCUUCUUCAGCAACAUCGCGCAACUAUGGCGAAAGGCCCAGUCUUGGCAGGCCUUCGCCAAACGCUGCUAGACCGACAGCGGGGCUUGAAGGAGAUGCUCCGGGAGAUGGAGAAGAGAAAAGUCGAGGACUUGUUACCGGAGGACUUCUCAACUCAGGCUGCCCUCCUUGAAGAAGCGCUUUCGAUCGCCAAGUUCCCCGGCAUGAAACCGGCGGACUCGGGGACGACCGCGGAUCGACAAGGCGGCGGGAAGGCGCCACAGCAAGCCAAGAUGCUGGCGAUGUGA